AUGAUUACUCGACAUAUCCACAUCGCUGUCCUCGAUACAGAUGUGCCCGUGCCCACUGUAUAUGCGGCUCGCGGUUUAUACAGCUCUCAGUUCCGGGUACUACUUCAAUCUGCUGCCACAAGAUUAAACCAGUCUAUAAAGAACAAUGCUGUAUCUGCAUCACAAAUACAAAUUCACACAUCCGCCUACGAUGUAGUUGGUGGCUCAUACCCAGCACUGGGGAUGCUGCGCAAAACUCCUCCCCUUCACGAUGAGGAGGAGAAAGAAGAAGAAGAAGAAGAAGAAGUAUUCAGACCAAUCGAUGCAAUACUCAUCACCGGCUCCGCGGCAUCAGCAUACUACCAAGGCGAGCAAUACGCCUGGGUCACAAAACUGCAAGAAUUCAUUCGACGGGUUUGGAGUCGGUAUCCGCACGUCAAGUUCUUCGGGUCUUGUUUUGGGCAUCAAGUUAUUGCGCAGGCUUUGCUGGCGACUCCUCAGAAAGAUUCAUCACUGGAGACGCCGCUUGUGCGAGUCGAGGCGUGUCCGAUGGGGUAUGAGAUUGGUAUCCAGCCUAUUGAGAUCAGUCGAGAGUUUGGCGCGACGGCGUUGGGGAAGACUUUUUCGAAAAGCUUGAAUGAGCGAGAUGGGGGCAAGUUGCAUAUACAGCUUAUCCAUGGAGAUCGCGUUAUUGGAUUCCAUCCCCCUUCGACUGCCGGUGCAUCGGAGACUUCUUCGUUACCUCCUGCUGCUGCUGCUGCAUUAACGGCCCUCCCUCAACCCUGGCUUAAUCUCGGGAGCACGCUCCUCUCGCCAAUACAAGGCCUCUACUACCCGGGACGAGUAUUGACGUACCAGGGACAUUUCGAAUUCGAUAUCUUCGUCAAUUCAGAAACAGUCAUUGAAUUCGGCAGAAGGACCGGUUGGGAUGCGCAGAUGGUUGCCGAGUCUCUACAAAAAGUCAAUGCAUGUGGACUUGGGGAUGAUGAUUCCAAAGCAGCGGCGGAGAUUGUCGUGCAAUUUUUGGCUGAGGAUGCUGAUAUUGCGAGGCAGGGUGUAACUGAAACGGGUGCACCUAUGAAGAUCGACUAUCCGAUGAAAGCAGAGACAGCUCGAUCGGCGGCUGCGAGUGGGCUUGCUACGCCCCCUGAGGAGAUGUCUUUACCAGUAUAA